AAGAAGAAAGUGAAGCUUUUUCAUUUGUAUUUGUCUUUCUUAUUUUCAUCUCUAUCAUGGUUUUCAUCUCUAUCGUGGUUUCAUUCUAGAAGAUAAGUCUGUCACAAUCCAUCCAUAUUAAUUAUUUUAUGUGGCACUUGCAGCUCUUCUGUACAACCAUCACAACUUUAUAUAACUUUGGAAAAAAAAAAAGCAAAAUAAAUGGCAACUCGUGAACUAAAAAAAUUACCAAGUAUUAGAGAUAGGGUAGAAGACACCCUCUCUGCUCACCGCAAUGAACUUGUCUCUCUUCUCUCCAGAUAUGUGGCACAAGGGAAGGGGAUAUUGCAACCACAUCAUUUGAUAGAUGAGUUGGAAAGCAGCAUAGGUGAUGAAGAUUCCGGAAAACAUCACCUCAGAGAUGGUCUUUUUGGCCAAAUCCUUCAAUCCACUCAGGAAGCAAUAAUUCUGCCCCCGUUUGUAGCAAUAGCAGUUCGACCAAGGCCUGGUGUUUGGGAAUAUGUGCGCUUAAAUGUGUAUGAGCUCAGUGUGGAGCAGUUAGACGUCUCUCAAUAUCUUCACUUCAAGGAAGAACUUGUUAACGGGCAGAUUGAUGACAAGUUCAUGCUUGAGCUUGAUUUUGAGCCAUUUAAUGCAACUGUCCCACGCCCCACUCGAUCCUCAUCCAUUGGCAAUGGGGUUCAGUUUCUCAACCGUCACCUCUCUUCAAUUAUGUUCCGCAACAAAGAUUGUUUGGAGCCCUUGCUUAAUUUUCUUCAAGCACACAAUUAUAAAGGUCAUGUGAUGAUGAUUAAUGAUCGGAUACGCUCCAUAUCGAGACUUGAGUCUGCUUUAACAAAGGCAGAAGAUUAUCUUUCUAAGCAACUACCAGAUGCACCAUUUUCCCAGUUUGAAUACGAUUUGCAAGGAAUGGGGUUUGAGAAAGGCUGGGGUGAUACUGCUGAACGUGUUUUGGAAAUGAUGCAUCUUCUUUCUGACAUCCUUCAAGCUCCUGAUCCUGCCAGCUUAGAGACAUUCCUGGGUAGAAUUCCUAUGGUAUUUAAUGUUGUCAUUUUAUCUGUACAUGGAUUCUUUGGCCAGGCAAAUGUUCUGGGUUUGCCCGACACUGGUGGUCAGAUUGUUUACAUACUUGAUCAAGUACGGGCUUUGGAGAAUGAAAUGCUUCUCAAGUUGAAGCAGCAAGGACUGAAUAUUACUCCCAGAAUUCUAAUUGUCACCCGACUUAUACCUGAUGCAAAGGGUACCACAUGCAACCAGCGACUGGAGAGAGUUAGUGGGACUGAUCACACACAUAUUUUGCGUGUUCCAUUUAGAACAGAGCAUGGAGUCCUUCGUAAGUGGAUCUCAAGGUUUGAUGUAUGGCCCUAUCUGGAGAAUUUUACUGAGGAUGCGGCAAGUGAAAUUUGUGCUGAAUUACAAGGCAAUCCAGACCUCAUCAUUGGCAACUACAGUGAUGGCAAUCUUGUUGCGUCUCUGUUAUCUUAUAAGAUGGGAGUUACACAGUGUACCAUCGCUCAUGCACUGGAAAAGACGAAAUACCCUGAUUCGGACAUAUAUUGGAAGAAAUUUGAUGAAAAAUAUCAUUUCUCAUGUCAAUUUACUGCUGAUCUAAUAGCCAUGAAUAAUGCUGAUUUCAUCAUCACAAGCACAUAUCAGGAGAUCGCUGGAACGAAGGAUACUGUUGGUCAGUAUGAGAGCCAUUCAUCUUUCACUCUCCCAGGCCUGUAUAGAGUUGUCCACGGCAUAGAUGUUUUUGAUCCCAAAUUCAAUAUUGUUUCCCCUGGGGCCGAUAUGUGCAUAUACUUCCCAUACUCCGAGAAGGAAAAAAGACUUACGUCCCUACAUGGUUCAAUUGAGAAGUUGCUAUAUGAUCCAGAGCAGAAUGAGGAGCAUGUGGGUUCGCUGAGUGAUCACUCGAAACCGAUGAUUUUUUCAAUGGCUAGGCUUGAUAGGGUCAAAAACAUUACAGGGCUAGUAGAGUGCUAUGCAAAAAAUACUAAGUUGAGGGAACUGGCAAACCUUGUUAUUGUUGCUGGUUACAAUGAUGUUAAGAAGUCCAAUGACAGAGAAGAAGUUGUAGAAAUUCAGAAGAUGCAUGAUCUGAUUAAGCAAUACAGCUUGGAUGGCCAGUUGCGAUGGAUAUCAAGCCAAACAAAUAGAGCACGCAAUGGGGAGCUUUAUCGAUACAUAGCUGACAAGAGGGGUAUCUUCGUACAGCCUGCAUUUUAUGAAGCCUUUGGACUAACAGUAGUGGAAGCCAUGACUUGUGGCCUGCCAACAUUUGCUACUCGCCAUGGUGGUCCCAGGGAAAUCAUAGAGGACGGUGUUUCAGGAUUCCAUAUUGAUCCAUAUCACCCUGAUAAGGCUGCUGAUCUUAUGGCAGAAUUUUUUCAGAAGUGCACCAAGGAUCCUGCCUACUGGGAGAAAAUAUCUGAAGGGGGUCUUCAGAGAAUAUAUGAGAGGUAUACGUGGAAGAUCUACUCUGAAAGGCUCAUGACACUGGCUGGAGUUUACAGUUUCUGGAAGUAUGUUUCUAAACUUGAGAGGCGUGAAACGAGACGAUAUCUUGAGAUGUUUUACAUUCUAAAGUUCCGAGAAUUGGUCAAGUCUGUUCCGCUGGCAAUCGAUGAGGAGGCUACCGACGGUAAGCAUUAAUAUACUGGUGCGGAAGUAAUGUGAGUAUGUUUAAGUGAUCAGUUUCUUGUUAUUGUUAAGAAUAGAGUCUGGCGAUACUUUGAACGCUGAAUAUGAUCUCUACAGUGUGUAUUGAAGAAAUAAACGUAAAUUUAGUAGGUUGGUAUUAUCUUGUACACAUGGUGAAAUCCUUGGUCUUUUGUUGUUACUGGUGUAUGUCAUCACUCAUAAGUUCUAACAUUGGAAUGCAUGGUUCGGUACCUUUUUAGUUUC